CCCUCGUGGAGCCGCCGACGUCAGCAGCCGGACGGCAACACUGAGGCGAUGCUGAGGCGCCGAGUUUAGUAGACGCGGGGCUCCGUGAGGCGGUCGGCGCGGGCCGCGGCCGCGGGCGGACGAGGAGGACGAGGAGGGAGAGCGGCGGCCGGCGGCGGCGAGGCCGGGCGGGCGGCGAGACCCUCGCGUCCCCACACCGGGCGCCUCAGCGCCUCAGCGGCGGCCUCGGCGGGCAGGCGGCGGCCGCCCGUGGCCAUGUGAACCACCUGCUCCGGGCAGAGGACGCGCCACAAAGGAGCCCGGCGGGGCGCGCUAAGAUGGCUGCGUGAGCGGGCGCGGCGUCGCCACCGAGGCCGCCCGCGGGCCCCGCCGCCGCCAUGGCCUUCGCGCUCGAGGAGACGCUCGAGUCGGACUGGGUGGCCGUGCGGCCUCACGUGUUCGACGAGCGCGAGAAGCACAAGUUCGUGUUCAUCGUGGCCUGGAACGAGGUGGAGGGCAAGUUCGCCAUCACCUGCCACAACCGCACGGCGCAGCGCCAGAGGAGCGGCUCCCGGGAGCCGGCGGCCGACGGGGCCCGCGCGCAGGGCGGCGUGGCGGGCAGGCCCGAGGCCGCCGCCUCCCCCGGGCCCGGCUCCCCGGCGCGCGCCGCUCCCGCCAGGCCCGCGGAGGACCCCGAGGCGCGGGACGAGGCGGCGGCCGACGGCUGCAGCUGGGCCGGCCUCUUCUCCUUCCAGGACCUGCGCGCCGUGCACCAGCAGCUGUGCGCCGUCAACUCGCAGCUCGAGCCGUGCCUGCCGCUGUUCCCGGAGGAGCCCUCGGGCAUGUGGAGCGUGCUGUUCGGGGGCGCCCCGGAGAUGAGCGAGCAGGAGGUGGACGCGCUCUGCUACCAGCUGCAGGUCUACCUGGGCCACGGCCUGGACACGUGCGGCUGGAAGAUCCUGUCGCAGGUGCUGUUCACCGAGAGCGACGACCCCGAGGAGUACUACGAGAGCCUGAGCGAGCUGCGCCAGAAGGGCUACGAGGAGGUGCUGCAGCGCGCGCGGAAGCGCAUCCAGGAGCUCUUGGAUAAGCACAAGAAUACAGAGAGCAUGGUGGAGCUCUUGGACCUGUACCAGCGGGAGGAUGAGGCGUACAGCAGCCUGGCCGAAGCCACGACGGAACUCUACCAGUACCUGCUACAGCCGUUCCGAGACAUGAGAGAACUCGCCAUGCUGAGAAGGCAGCAGAUCAAGAUCUCCAUGGAGAAUGAUUAUCUGGGACCCCGAAGAAUCGAAAGCCUUCAGAAAGAAGAUGCGGAUUGGCAGCGGAAAGCACACAUGGCCGUCCUGUCUAUCCAGGACCUCACUGUCAAGUAUUUCGAAAUCACCGCUAAAGCACAGAAAGCUGUGUACGACCGCAUGCGGGCCGACCAGAAGAAGUUUGGAAAAGCCUCCUGGGCCGCGGCUGCGGAGCGCAUGGAGAAGCUGCAGUACGCCGUCUCCAAGGAGACUCUGCAGAUGAUGAGGGCCAAGGAGAUCUGUUUGGAGCAGAGGAAGCACGCCCUGAAGGAAGAGAUGCAGAGCCUGCAGGGUGGCACUGAGGCCAUCGCUCACCUGGACCAGCUAGAGGCGGGUUAUUAUGACCUGCAGCUGCAGCUGUAUGAAGUACAGUUUGAAAUCCUCAAGUGUGAAGAGUUGCUGCUGACGGCUCAACUGGAGAGCAUCAGGCGGCUCAUAUCAGAGAAGAGGGACGAAGUGGUGUACUAUGACACAUACGAGAGCAUGGAGGCCAUGCUGAAGGAGGAGCUGGCUGCCUCGGUGCUGGUGCAGAGGGAGGAGCUGCAGAAGCUGCAGCAGAAGGCACGCCAGCUGGAAGCCCGCCGCGGGCGGGUGUCCGCCAAGAAAGCCUACCUCAGAAACAAGAAGGAAAUUUGCAUUGCAAAACACAAGGAAAAAUUACAGCAGCGCACGCAUAGUGAGGAGGAGUAUGGAGCCCAUCAUGCAGCACAACUGAAGAGGGAGAAAUUACAUGAUGAAGAAGAAAGGAAAAGUGCCUGGGUGAGCCAGGAGAGGCAGAAAACACUGGACAGACUCCGCACUUUCAAACAGAAGUACCCGGGACAAGUCAUCCUGAAGUCCACCCGGCUGAGGCUGGCACAUGCCCGCAGGAGAGGCGCCCCCGGGGCCGCUGCGCCCAGUUCGCAAGUGGAGGAGAGAACUGUGGGACAGGGGCAGGACACUCAGCCCCUCAGCCUCACCAGCCUCCCGGACACACCCACAACACAACUUGAAGCCACCUCCUUACCUCUGGACCCAGUGACCACCGAGCCGCUCCCGGCCUCUCUUCCUUCUACCCUCUCCAUCCCUCUCCUUCCUGGCCCUGACCUUCAGCCACAUCCACCUGCCCUGGAGCCUCUCCCACCCACUCUUCCUCCCAUGCCACCCCCGCCACCUCCUCCACCACCCCCGCCACCUCCUCCACCACUGCCCAUCAUUAAUGACCAUUAUAGCACCCCUGUGACCUCAGAGAAAGGCCCACACAGAGAGCAGCAGCGGGGGGAGCACGUUCCUACGCCCACCAGUGUGCCCUCUGUGCAGCUGCUGGACAGCAGCCAGCUGGUCAGCGCCCGCAGGAAGCUCCGCAAGACUGCCGAGGGCUUGCCCCGCCGCAGAGUGAGUUCGCCCAUGGACGAGGUGCUGGCCUCUCUGAAGCGUGGCAGCUUCCACUUGCGGAAGGUGGAACCGCGUACUCUGCCGCCCUUCCCCAACGAGGACGACAGCAACAACAUCCUGGCACAGAUCCGGCGUGGGGUGAAGCUGAAGAAGGUGCAGAAGGAGGUGCUGCGGGAGUCCUUCACGCUGCUGCCUGACACGGACCCCCUGACACGGAGCAUCCACGAGGCCCUGAGGAGGAUUAAGGAGGCGUCCCCUGAAUCAGAGGACGAGGAGGAGGCCCUGCCCGGCACGGACUGGGAGAACUGACAGGUUGCAACUCCAUUCCUCGGCUGGAUUACCUUAGAUCCAAAGAGUGUUGACUUGCCUUGGAAACGAGGACCCCUGCCUGGCCGUCUUGUGUCCCACCCUCCCAGCCAACGGUCCCAGCCUGAGGUGGGUGUGCAGUGUUCCCA